AUGGACGGCGGCAACACUCAGAUGGGCCCCCCUGGGGCCCCAAAGUCAGGUGUUUCUGCUGCUGCUGCAGAAGCAGCAGCAGCAAGCGCCGCGCCUAAGCGACGUAGUCGAUGGGACCAGACACCAGCUGAGAUUGAAAGGGAGCAGCUGCAGCGACGGCAGCAGCAGCAGUCCUCAAGUACUGCAUGUGGGGUCCCAGUAGGAUACGCUGCUCCCCGUGGCAGCAGCAGCUGUAGCAGCAGCAGCACGAGUAGCGUUGGUGUCUACAGUCCUGGAGGUGGGAGCACACGAGAUGCUACCCACAAGAGUUUGAGCCACAGCAGCCGCAGCUACAACAGUAGCAGCAGCAGCAGCAGCAGCAGUAGCAGUAGCAGCAGAAAUUUCAGCAGUCACGGCGCCGGCCAGUGCGUCGGAAGCUCAGACAGAGAUAGCGGCUGGGAUUCCGUUAGUUCAAGGCCCAGCAGCAGCAGCAGCAGCAGCGGCAUGCCUUACAGAAGGGGCUUUGACGUGGGCCCGGAUACAGCAGCUGCAGCUUCCCCACAUGAUCACCACCAGCAGCAGCAGCACUGGAGCCAGCAGCAGCAGCAGCAGCAGCGGGACAGCUACAGUCAUGCAGCAGAGAGACACACAGCAGCCGCGAUCGCCGCAGCAGCAGCCGCUGCCGCCACAGCAGUAGCCGCUGCCGCCGCAGCAGCAGCCACAGCCGCCGCAGCAGGAGCCACUACCAGCGGUCUAGAGGAGGCUGGGACGUUGGAGAGACCCCACAGGCAGCAGCAGGGAGGGCAGCCACUGAGGGCCCCCCAGGGGCAUCUGGUAGGGGCCCCUCAGGGCAACUGGGGACCCCGUGGGCAGUUUAGCCCAGCUGGAGGGUACUGGGGUGCUGGGGCGGGGGACUUCAGCGCGGGUUCGGGAGAGUCAGCAGCAGCAGCAGGAGCAGUUGCUGCUGCUGCUGCUGCUGCUGCUGACUCCGGAGCCCAGCGACAGAGCCAGGGCUGGCGGGGUGCCCCCCGCCGACCAGCGUUGCAGCCGCAGUACUCACAGUACAGAUUUCACCAGCAGCUGCAUCCGCAGCAGCAUCAACAGCACUGGGCUCAGCAGCACCACCUAGCGCAGCAGCAGCACUUGAGACACCCCUCGCCGCCGCAGAGGGCAUAUGGGUGGGCCCGCAGCGGGCCGUCUGCUGCGGCCGCAGCUACCGUGGGCGUCGCGGGAGGGCCUGCAGCAGCAGCAGCAGCAUCAGCAGCAGCAGAAGACCCGCAGGAAACAGCGCACGUGUGGGGCUCAGCCGCUGCUUCGGAGAUCCGGGCCCUUGCAGAAAAAGCAGAUCUUUCGCUUCCUGCUGCUGACCCCGACAACCCCUGGGGAGAUAGCCGGGAGGUGGAGCUGCAGCGGUUGGAGGCGUGGGGCCGUGCUGCUGUUGCUGUUGCAGUGCAGCGAGGCUUCGGCGGCGCUGCUGCAGCAGAGGCAGCUUUGAACGAGUACAAAAGGGUCUUGCUGCAGCAGAGACAGGCGCUCGCAGCAGCAGGGACGCCGGUCACAGACAUUCAUCUUUUCACCGAAGGAAGCGCCGGCGAGCAGCAGCAGCAGCAGCAGCAGCAGCAAGACAACAGCACGCUUUACGUUAGAGAGGACCGCAACCUGGAGUCCCCAAAAGACUCCAGCUUGCCGAGUCCGUCGGCUGCAACAGCAGCCGCAGCAGCAGGACAAGACACACAAGAAUCGAACUCAGUAGAAGCUGCAGCGGCAGCAGCAGCAACUGCAGACGUUGCCAAGCAGGGGGAAAUCAAAGGCCCUACUGCUGCUGCUGCUGAGCAAGAUGCUGCAGCAGCAGCAGGAGGCACAGCGGAAGAUAGUAGCAGCGCAGCGGCGGACGCUGCACCACAGCAGGGCGAGGCGCCCACUGAUGAUGAUGCACCUGCUGCUGCUGCUGCUACUGCAGCAGGAACCGCAGCCGCUGCAGCAGCGGCGAUCGCCCCUCCCGAGGUAAUAGAGUCGGUCGAGGGCGCUGCCGAGGCGCAGCAUAGAAGCAGUGAAGACAGCAAAAGGGAAGCAGACUGCGACGCGACAGCAGCAGCAACGGCAGCGGCAGCAGCAGCUGCAGCGCCUGCCACUGUACCCGCAGCUGCAGAAGCAGCAAAACUCAAAGGUGCAAUAGCAGCCAAAGCAGCAGCACAUGAAGUAAGUGGAGACCGAGGCGCGAGAGGCAAGGAAGACGUUGAUGCUGCCAGCCCAGCAGCUGCUGCCAAUGCUACUGCUGCUGCGCCUGCUGCUGCAGCCUCAGAAACACAGGAGGAGUCACCGUGUUGCACCAAUGAGAAGCCGCAGCAGAAGCAGCAAACAGAGAAAGACGCAGAGGAGCAGCGAGAGGAGGGACAGGCUGUUGGGACAGAGGCUGCAACUGCAGCAUCGCAACGGGAGAAGCACGAGCCCAAGGAGCAGCAGGGACCGCGGCAGCAGCCGCAGCAGCAGCAGGUGCAGCAGCAACAAGAAACGCAGAAGGAGCAAGGCAAGCUGCCAGUGGAGCCGCAACAACAGCAGCAUUCGGCCAAGCAAGAGCCGCAGAAAAAGGAACAGGAAGACCAGGAGAAGCAAGGGGAACAUGAACAGGAACAAGCCCAAAAGCAGCAGCAACAGCCGCAGCAGCUGGAGCAGCAGCAGCAGGAACCACAGCAGCGAGAACAGCAGCUCGAAGCUGACGAGUCGCAAGCUGGCAAGAAGGCGAAGUCCCAAAGGGCGGCAGCGGCAAAGCCUGGGGGCGGCAGCUGCAGCAAAAAGAAGAACACAAAAUCUGGGGAAACUCGGGUCUCUCGCGAGCUGUGGGGUCUGCUGCAGGAAAACUACCAGCCCAUAGAGCCGCGCAGAAAUGCUGCGCGCAACAGCAGCAUGGGCAGCAGCAGCAACAGUAGCAGCUACAAGAGCGGUAGCAGCAGCAGCAGCAGCACACCUUCAACGGCAGGUCGCAGUAGCCAAGCAAAAGGUGAGGCGGCCCAGCGAAGGGGUCAGAAGCAGCAGCAAGUGAAAGUACAGGAAAAGCAGCAGCAGCAGAAACAGCAGCAGAAGCAACAGCAAAGGCCGCAAGAGCAACAGCGAAAGCAGCAGGAGCAGCAACAGAGCUCACAGCUGCCCACGGCAGAGAGAGAAGAAACGGCUAGCGAACGGGUUCCCGCUGAUGCAGCAGCUGCGACAAAAGCGGAACCUGAAGACGCAGCAGCAGCAACGGAGAAGCAGACGCAGCAGAAGAAAGAAGCUGAAGCAACGGCAUCUGCAGCACCAGCAGACCAAACGGCGGCCGGGGCAUCGCCGCCGGAGACGCCGUUAGCUACGGCAGCAGCAGCAACAGAAACAGCAGAGUCUGCGGCUCCUCUCAAGAGCUCUGAGACUGCAAACGCGACAACAUCAGGGGAGGAAGAGGGAUUGGAGUCCUUGCUGGCUGCUGCUGGUAUUCGUCUUACGCGCACAAUGCUGAAGCAGCUGCAGGAGCCCGCGAAUCCUCAGCAGCAGCAACAGGAGCAGCAGCACCAGCAGCAGAGGCAGCAGCAAUCUGUACAGCGGGCAGCAAAGCCAGCAACUCAAAAGCCAGCAGCAGCAGCAGCAGCGAAGGAGAAAGAGGCUCCAGAGGACCCUUUUGCUGCCUAUGGGCAAAAGCUGGAAUUUCGAGAAGACAGGCAAGUGUUUGCCUACGUGGGCUGCCGCGUGCGAGUGGUGCGGGCGUGGCGGGACCGGCAGAGCCCCGAGAGCUUCGACUGGGCAGAGGGGGUGUUGAAGUACUACUGGCCGAAAUACCGGGCUGUCUUUGUGCACUUUUUGCUAUCGACGAACAAGCAAGACAUCUGCAGCCCCGCUGACGCCCCGCCGCUGCACCUCGCCGCCCACCAGCUGCCCUUUUCCCCUGAGGAAAGUCACCGCGGCUGGUUUUCUCUGGCCCACGACGUCAUUCGUCUUGCUUCGUCGGAGCCUGUUUGGUGGCGCCCUGAGGUGGCUGUGCCCCAGCAGCUGCCUCGAGACAAACUGCAGCACCCCAGAGGCGCCAGCUGCCCCACGCAGCAGCAGCAGCAAGAGCUGCUGCAGCACGCAGACGCAGAUGGGGGCCAAGAGACCCAGCAGGGCGACAGCCAAUACACGCAACAGAAAAAGGCAGCAGCAGAUUCCCCGUGGCAGUCGUUGCCGCCCCAGGAAGCUAGGAACUCUGCUCCCACCGACGCAGGAAGCGGAGAUGGCAAGAAUAGCGGCCAAAGUAGCAGCAGCAGAGCCCAGAGAUGCCGAAGCUGCAGCAAACCAGUUUACUAUAUUAUGACCCCGAGCCAGCCCGUGGAGGUGCCGCCUGAGGUCGACCCCAGGGAGCUCCUGAAGAGCUACCCUUCCUGGGCCGAGCCCAGUAGUGCAGCGAAAGCAGCAGUAGCAGCAGCAGCAGCUGCAGGGCCAGCACCGGCAGACGCACAAGGGGAAAUGGCAGCAACAGGCAGCAGCAAAAGUAACAGUACUAGCAGCAGCAACGGAAACGCAAACAGCGCCGCACCCUCUUCUCUAGGAGACACAGAUACUGCAGAAGCCGUCAACCUGUACUGGGGUUUGCAGUGCUGCUGCUGUCAGCGCGUCUUCCACACGGCCUGCAUUCGGCCGGCCCAUAGGCGCAUUGCCACUGGCGGGAUGUCGCCGCAUGCCUUGUGUAUGGAAGCUGCGCGGCACCGUAAGCUGGUGGCGGAGCGAGAGGCGGCCAUAGAGCGCCACAAGAAAGAGAGAGAAGCUGCGGCGGAGGGCAGCAACAGAAGAAGCACCAGCAGCAGCAGAGACAGCAAGUAUUACCGCUAUGAAGCCGUGUCCUCCCCGGCAGCUGACCAGCAGCAGCAGCAACAGGACUUGCUCGAAGACGGGGGAUCGCUGGGGUCGCUGCUGCUGCAGCAGCAACCCGAGGAGGGUGCAGAUGACGCAGCAAGUGGCUGGCCGCUGUCCCCCAGCAGCGUUGUUUACGACCGGGCACGCAAGGCAUAUCUGAGCACUUUCGUGGUGCCCUCUCGUGCUGUGUCUUUGCCGGUGGGGCUGUCUGCUGCUGCCCGAGCGGGUUUGCUGCUGGGGUUCAAGAGACAGCAAGAGGCCCGCGCGCUGCGGCGCUCCUUCUCUCUGGCCCGCUUCUGCACUCUGCCGCUGGCCUUCGCAAGGGCCCAGUCCGCCCUUUUAUCUCGCCAGGGUUCUCUUCACUGGAGGCUUUCGAGACACCCUGGCGAUGAAAUCGGCACGGAAGACGUGCCCGCGCCGGCUGUCACAGUCACUGCCAAGCAGCAGCAGCAACAGCAGCACAACCAGCAGCAGCAGCAGCAAGAAGUACAACUGCAUCAGCAGGCAAAACAGGGCGAAGAGCAGCAGCAGAUGCAGCAGGAACAGCAAGAAGCCAGCCAGCAACACGAGCUUGCACCGGCCGAGCAGCAGAGGGACGGCGAGGAAAGCAUGCUAGUUGACUCUGAGCUUUUGGAAGCCCCGAAGCAACAAAAGGGUCAGCAAGAACAGCAGCAGCGGGAGGAGGGGGAGCAGCAGCUAGAGGAGAGGAAGCAGCACGGAGAAGAGGAACGACAAGAACAGCAGCUAGCCGUUCGAAUGGAAGAGGAGCCAGAGAACCCGCCGCAUCCUGCCGAGCAGGAGCAGCAGCAAGAGGAACGGCAGCAAGAGCGGCAGCAGCAAGAGCAGCAGCAGCAAGAGCAGCAGCAGCUGUCGCCGCGGCCGGAGCAGCAGCAAUCUGAAGAGAAUGCAGCAAACGCCACAGCGUCCAGGGCCACGCUAAAAGUGCAGCUGUUUCCAAAUCCCCGAAGCAUUUUGGGGCUGGAGGAGGGCGGGCGAAAUGACCGGGGUGUACGUACUCCCUGGGUGUGCAGGGACUGUGCGCACUGUUUAUACUGCUGCGAGCCAAUAGACUUACCCCUGACUGCCGAAAGAAGCCCUGCUGCGCUAGCUGCAGCAACAGCAGCAAAUCGCGCGGCUCCAGGCACUGCCUCCAGCCCGACACAGUAUGAGGCCACCUGCCAGCCGGUCCUGAACUGCCACUGCUGCAAUUCUUACGCCCACGGCGCUUGCUGCUACCCCAGUGCCGCCAUCUUGCAUGGCUCUUCGUCUUACCGCUGCGACUCUUGCAGGCGCUGCACUAGCUGCGGCUACGUGGACCUCUACUGGCCAGAGUAUGCAAACUGGGAUCCCACGUCUUUCCUGCUUUGUGCGCACUGUCGCCGGAGCGUGGACGAGGGCCAGUUCUGCUUCAUGUGCUCCAAAACAUGGGUGGCCGAUGGAGCAGGAGGAGAGGAUUUGUCAGCAGGCAGUGCGGGGGCAACGGGGCCGGGGGGAGGCUCUGUAGAAACUUGGGUGCAGUGUGAUGGCUGCAAGGCCUGGAUCCACACCCGCUGCGACCCCCGACUGGCGAAGGGUUUGCAGGAUCCCCAGCAGCUGAAGACCAUGAAAUACAGGUGCCCGUCGUGCCGCUCGCCGUCUCGGCGGCAGCGCUAUGAGCGCAUCGUGGCUGAGUUGAUGUCCCAAGACCGCAGUGGAGAGUUUUCGUUUUUGCCAGAUGCGACAUUUUCGCUGUACUGGCGAGUUGUGCAGCGGCCCAUGUGUUUGUCUACAGUGAAAUCGAAGGUGCGCAGCAACGCCUACUCCUCCUUAGGAUCUUUCUUGAGCGAUAUUUCCCUCCUGAUUCAAAACAUGAAGACCCUUUACAUGCCCAACACAAGGCAGUACAAGGCGGCGGCUGCUAUGCAAAAGAAAGCAAACGAGCUCCUAACGGGCGUCCUCGAACUUCCCCACAAGGAGCCGCUGGCCCUUCUGGACUCACACAUACCUCCGAGUCCCAGCAGCAGCAGCAGCAGCAGCAACACGGGUACCAGUGAAAAGGCUCGAGAACCGAACCAGACCCCUACUGAGGAGGAGCGAGGCAUAGCAAAAAGCGAGUUUCAUGGGGCAGCAGCGGAUUCAGGCUCAGCUGCAGCAGCAGCUGCUGCUGCAACAGAUGACGGGCUCGAGUCUGCGGUGGACAAAGUGGGACACCAAGCAAAGGUUGCCGCCGGCCUUCGCCGCGGCAGCGCGAAGGGAUUCACGAGAAGCAGAGACACUCCGCCUUAUGGAUUAUCAGCAGCAGCUGCUGCUGAUUCCCCACUCGAUCCGGCAGCAGUGGCGUUCACGACGCAGCAGCUGCUGCAGCUUCACUCUGCUGCUGCUGUUAAGGGGAUACGGCAACUUCUGCGCAAUCAGCAGCCACACUUUCCCUGCGGCUUUUCGCUUUCUCCUUUAUCAGCUGUCCCUUGCUUUGGACCGCCUCCUGCUCUACAGUGGUGUUUCAGCAGCAGCAGUAGCAGCAGCACGGAACUUGGCGAUAUGGUGAUGCCGCAUUCAUUCCUUUCUAUCCCGCAGCCUCCGCCACCCCCACCCGGUCAGGCAAUUUAUUUGCUGCAGCUGCCUGUACGCGUGAGUAGGCUAGCAGCUGCUUCUGUCUCAGAAGUGCCUCAGCAGCAGCAGGAGCACCUGCAGCAGCAGCAGUCGCAACAGCCGUCACAUAGCAUGAGCGUGGAGACACGGCGCAGCGCGGCAGCUCAGAGGAAGAAGCGAAAGAAGGACUUUGAUCCUCAGCAGCAGCAGCAACAACUUCAGAAGCGCGCAUUUUCAGCAGCCAUAGCAACUGCAACAGCACCGGCGGCCACUGGUGCACCGGCAGCGGGAGAUCUGGGAGCGGCCGUAUCUGCAACUGGCGCGCUUCAGGUGUACAAGGGAAGGCUGCCGUCUUGCGUUGCUGUCUUCUCAGCAGCAUCGGAUGUGGCCUUAUAUUUGCAGGCUUUUCACUGUCUUUAUGGGGCUUCAGGCAAAGAAACGGCGUUCGCUGAUGGUCUUGCUGCUGAAGGAGAUAAAGCAGUAGCGCCACAACUGUGGCUGGAUUGCUGCAGUAUUUGCGGAUCCUUCGCGUACCAGCAGCUGCUCCUACACUGCCGCUGCUGCGGCGAGGCCUUCCAUUCGUAUUGCUUGGGAGUUUCGCCUCCAGGGGCCCUUGAUAAGAAGAAAGCGGCGUUGGCGUCUCUCUGCGGCAGCGGCAGCAGCAACGGCAGCAGCAGCGGAGAAAUGGACUUUCUCUUGACGACAGCUGAGUGUCCUGCGUGUUUGUCUUGCGUCUCUUGUGGAAAUGCUGCUCCUUGUUUUUCCCUGUGGGACCCACGAAACAUACGAGACAGAGCAGCAGCAGCUGCUGCUGGGAUGCUGCCCCACGAGCAGCGACAGCAGCUACAAAGGCGCAAACCACGCUGGCAGUCUGACCCAGCAGCAGGGACUGCCACUGCUGCUGCUGCCUCUACAGCUGCUGAUCGCAUGCUGGACAUUUGCUUCUGCAGCGACUGCGGAGCUGCGGCGCACAGCCGCUGCCUCUACAGGGUAGAGGAGGUAGUAACAAAACAAGAAGUGCUGUAUUGCCCGCAACAGGGGCUACUGCACCACCGAAAGGGCUUCCUGCAGCACCAAGGACUGUGGACAGGACUGCCAGUGGCUCGCGAACAGCUGCAGGUACCUCCUGCCGCUGCUGCUACUUUGAAGAGAGACGCAAAGGUGUUACGAAACCCAAAACAGCAGCAACACAAAAUGACUCGGGCGAUGGCGCCAGCCUCGGCUUCCGUCGCCAAUGCUGUUGCUACUGCAGCAACUGCAGCAGCUACUUCGACGUCGGCUCCAGAUAUUUUGCAGCACAAAACGGUGGCAGGGACUGUCGCGCGGAGUGCUCUGCAGCCACAGCAGCAGCUGGUCAAUCAACAGCAGCUGCAGCGGCUGCUGCAACAGCAGCCGCCGCAUACGCUGUUACAACAGCAGUCACAAAAUUAUUUUCGGCAGCAGCAGCUGCUAGCACCUUCGCAACAAUUCCCAUCUCAGCAGCAGCUGCAACAGCAGUACCGUAUGCAGCAGACCGCGCAGCAGCAGCAGCCGCAGCAGCAUCAGCAACUGCAGCAGCUUAUUCAGGAAAGAAUGAACAGUCUGCAACGGCAGCUUGAUGGUGUGGCUAGACAGCAGCAGCAACAACGGCAGCACUUGCGGCAGCAACAGCAGCCCAUGCUGCAGACGCAACAACGCCACCAGGCCGAAAAUCAUCUGGAGCAGCAGCAGGCCUUUCAAAACCAACAAACAGGACAGCAGCAGCAGGAGGCGGAGCAGUGCUUAAUGCUGCUUAGGACGACCAUGCUGCAAACGCAACAAAAGCCGCCGCAACAGACUUCCCAAAUGGCACUGCUGCAGCAGCAGCACCACCAACGGCAGCAACAGCAAGCACUGCAGCAGCUCCACGCACAGCAGCAGCAGUUGUCCAACAGGAGUGCGCUUCAGCAAGAAAGAGCGACUGAUGGCAGCACUUCUGCAGAAGGCACAGCAAAGGCUAGUUCAGCAAUUCAGCAGCAGCUUCUGCAGCAAGAGCAACACUUUCAGUUACAGCAACAGCAAAUGCAGCUACAGCAACAGCAAGUCAGGUUGCAGUUGCAGCUGGAGAAGCUCCGGGGGACACAGUCAUCACCUGCAACAGCACAUGGGAAUGCAAGCAGCCAUACGCCAUCUUCUGCUGCUGCUCAGGCAGCAGCUGUAGUUGCUGAAGCUGCUGCUGCAGCAACGGAAGCAGCAGCUGCUGCAGCAGAAGCAGUGUCUGCUGCGAUUGCUGCGCCACAGCUAGGUGGCGCCUCAUGUGCUGCUACGCCCACGAGGGCGCUGCCCUCAAAAGCAGCAGAAUUGGCAGAAUCACUAUUGAGCGCAGCACCUUCGGAAGCUUCAGCAGGCGAGGAAGUAACAGCACCAGCAGCAGCUGCAACGGCUACGUCGUCUGCAGCAUCUCCUCAAACACCUGUUGAAGCGACAGAGCCAUGCGACGUCGCAGAUCAGCCGAAGCCGCAGCAACAACUGGCAGCAGAUCCUUGCCACCAGCAACAGCCCCCGUCUCAAUUCCCGCAAAAUCAUGCCCAGCAAAACGAAUCCUCCCCACAGUCAUUGGUGUGGGCUGGAUCGACUGUGCCAGCGCAGCAGCAGCAGCAACAUCAGCAGCAGAGGUCCUUGAUCUCCCCUCUGCUUGGCACUGGCAGUUCAAUUGCAAGCAGCGCUUAUAGUGCUGACUCUGCUGUGCUGAAGCAGCAGCUGUUACAACGCCAGUCUGCCCUAAUCUUGAGAAACGAGCAGCUGAUCCAAGCGCUGCAGGGGCAAGCGGGAUUUCGCAUACUUCCUCCUGCUGCAGCACCUUCUGCUGCUGUGCCGCUACCUGCCAGUGUGGUGCAGCAGCAGCAUUCUCGCCUGUUUCAACUGCAGCAGGAGCAGCUGCCAGCAGCUCCAAGACAACUAGUAUCGCCCGGUGCUGCGUUGUCGUUCGACAGCUUCGAUGCCAGAGCCGGCGACCCCCGACAACAGCAGCAACAGCCACAGCAGCAGCAGCAGGUGAGCCAACAACUUUCUUCGCAACCUCUGAAGCAACAGUUCCUACAGCGGCCCUUGCUCCAGCAGCAGCUGCUACAGGAACCACAGCACCACAUCCCUGGGGCUUCUCCACUGCUUCAACAGCAACUGUUGCAGCAAGUGUCCCGACAGCCUCGCGCUUCCCCUAGUAGCAUUGUUUUGUCUCCUCUGCAGCAGCAGCAGCGCUUGCGGAUGGGCGCUUGGGGCAUGUCUCGGGACUCUGUUGGCACACCUCAUGGGCACGUUUCAACGCUGCAUCUGCAGCCGCAACAAGUGCAGCAGCAGCAGCAGCUGCAGCAGCAGCAAAUGGUUGUGAGGGUGGAGAGCUGCGCCUGGCAGCGCUGUGGUAGACUCUCACUAUUGUGCGGGGACUGCAGCAGCAAUGGCGUGCCGGCUCCUUUGGCCUUACGCGCUGCUCUGCAGCCACUCCAGCAGCAGCUACUGCUGGCGCCUGCGGCAGGCGGGUCUGGCCAGCAGCAGCGGUCUCGCGAUGCUAGCUCCGGUGCCCCUUCAGGACAGCAAAACGAUGGCGCAGCAGCAGCAGCAGGAGCAGCAGAUGCAGCGGGCCUGCGAGGGCUAGCAGGACCAGCAAGCACAGCACGGGCAGCGGAUGAGAGAGUUGGGGAUGGGGGCAGCAGCCGAGGUGUAGUGACAGUGUGCGCCCUUUGUGGAUCACUAACGAAGCGUCUGCCUGCUGCAGCGGGAGGGGCAAGAGCCCUUGCAGCUCGUUUCUCAGGGAGCGGUAGCAGCAAUACGAGCAAAAAGCGGCUCCCUGUAUUUGUGCUAGAUGGGCUCGAAGGUCUCUGCGUCUCCUGCGCGGCACUCGCAGAUGAACCGCUACCAAGUGCAGUAACCACGAAUGCAGCAGCAGCAGCAGCAGGGAAAGGCUGCACUGCUUCUCCAUCUCCCCUGCUGAGGCAGCCAGGGGCACUAUCGCAGCUGCUUUCUCGGGCCCAGGCGGCAUCAUCAGUUUACUCGCAGCUUCAUGCGCUGCUCGAGCAGACGCUUCUACCUCUGAUGGAUUCCCCGCAGGACAGCAACAGCAACUCUGCGGGGCAGUUGGCCAGCGGUUCUGUAGCGGCAGCAACAGCAGGCCGGCACCAGCUGCAGCAGACAGAGCUCCGACUCGCCAUAGCGGAACUCACCGGGCACCUGCUGCGAGCUGUACAAUGGGGGGAGCCCUCUUGUCAACAGCAUCAGAAGCAGCAGCAGCAACACAAGCAGCAACAAAAUGAGGACUAUCACAAGUUAGCUCUGGAAUUGUUCUUGUUGCUGCAGACCUCCGUCAACCUACCGGCAGUAUUGUCUACAUUCAUAUCAUCUGUUUUGUUGCAAUGGCGGCCUCAGUCAAAGAAUGAAGAGAAGCAGCGGGACCCGCGGGUGCUCCUGACGUUGUCGCAAGCUUGUGAGCGACUGGCUAUGCAGCGGCGUCUUGGUUCAGAUGCUGCUGCUCCCGCUACUGCCAUUGCUGCUGUUCCCCUUGCUGCUCCUGGCGUCGUUGCUGCUGCCGCUGCUGCCUCAGGAGGCUUUCCCCCUUGCGCCCCUGAAUGGCGGGAGCUACGAGCUGUGCGGCGGCAGCUCUUCUGCAGACUUCACCGCGCCGUCUGCUGCAUGGAGCGCAGGAGCAGUGGCAAAGACAGUGGGACCCAACCAGUUGACGCAGCAGCGAUUCCAUCUGUUCUCGUUCGUCUGCUUGCGCUGCGACUUCGCAAUGGAGACCCUCGCGUCUGCGGCUGCGGCAGCUGCAGCAGCAGCAGUUUGCUCUCUGCUUCUUGCAAAAUUGCAGAACGGGACGGACGCUGCUGCGUGCUAUGUGGGCAAACGGGCGACAGAGUAGUGUCCGGGGCUCUGCUGCCGCUGCUGGACUCUUGGGUCCACGCUGGCUGUUGCGCCUGGGGCGUUUACUCAUGCACUGUUGUCCCGCUGCUAUCCCCAGAGCUGCUGCAACUCGCCGACCCGAUCGGUGCGUCGCGUGAAGUUCGGCAAGUGCAAAAUUCGCAGGGGGCUGAGGGGCCUUCUCCUUUCGUGCCCAGCAUAGUACCAGGAGCAGAGAAAGCAGCAGUAACCAGUCUCCACCCAAGCAGCAGCAGCAACCGAAACAGUAAAGGGCUAGUACGAUCAUUCGCGGCUCUUCCAGAACAGCUGCCUCCUUUGGAAUGUUCUGCUGAUGCAGUUUUGCUUGCUGCGGCGGCUGCACGCAGUGCCCGCUGCGUUGCCUGCGGGUGCAGUGGAGCCUUCGUCGCGUGCGCAGGUUCGCAGCAGGCAUCAGAAGAGCGCUCUUGCAAUGCCCGUUACCACCUCACGUGUUUGCUGCUAGCAGCAGUUGGGAAACCGCCCCUGGAGCAGAAGCAAUAUGUGCAGCAAGAGCAAUCUGCAAGAAGUCCUCGACCCCGGGUCUUCGCUACGCUACGUCGCUUUUGGUGUCAGGAUUGCUGCGAAGAAGGGCAUGCUGCUGCUGCAGCUACUGCUGCUGCUGCAACAGCACCUACGGCAUUCGACAGUCCAGUGGAGCCCGAAGCUCGUAUGUGCCAACCCGAAGCAGCAACGUUUACAACAUUGGACAGUGCAGCAGUACAGGACCCGCUUUUUGUUUUUCUUGAGGGGGUGGGUGGUGGCGCUGCAGCGGUUUUGCUGCGGCUGCUACUUCAGAGCGUUCGCAUAAAGCCGCCUGUUUUUGCUGCUGCUGCGGCGGCAACAGCAGCAACAGCAGCAAUGGCUGACGUGGAUACACACCCGCUAGGCGCAGCACUGAAGCAGCUUCCAGCAUCAGCUGCAGUAGAAGAAGACGCAGCAGCUGAUGAAACCGGCACUGCUGCGUCUGAGACUGUGGCGCUUCUGCAGCAGGUAAUGGCAGAUGCUCAUGCGGCUUUGCGUGAUUACUGCACCCUGCUAUCUCCUGAGCUGUCUCCAUAUGUUGGCGGGCGAUGCUGUGCUGCUUCUGUGGUUCCCUAUUCAUUUUCCGACGGAGCCAAUGGCUACCAUCAGCGGAAGCAUGUGGAGAAGCAGCAGCUGAAGUUGCGCGCACCCCCGCCAUCUGCGUUGCUGCGAUACGGAGGUCUCACGCUGGUUUCUCUUGGUUUGCCUUUGCUCUUCGAUGGAAGCCGUGGCAGCCUAUUUCCUAUUGGGUAUUGUGCUACUCGCCGCUUCUGGGGUGUUCAGGUGCCCAGUCAUGUGCACCACCCUGCCUGCAACAACAAAGUCGGUACCAGCGAAAACAGCAGCAAGGGCAUCGUUGUCAGCGGAUUCCUCCAGAGGGCUACGUACCUCUGCAGUAUCACAGCGCAUCAGAGACGCCCCUACUUUACACUAGACUGCCUCGCAAAGCCUGCCGCCAAACUCGGGGCAGCAGCAUCAGAAAGAACAAGUAUCACAACAAAGCCAGCAGCAACAGCAACUGACACCAAUGUGUGCACUGCCUGCCAGUAUGGCUGGCGCGUUGCAGAGGGAUUCGAUUUGAAUGCAGUCGUAGGGACGCUGAUGCAGCAGCUGCAGAUACAGUUCCAGCAACACCAGCGCCAACCGCCCUCUGUCUCUCCUGUAAUUGCAGCCGGCAUAGAGGCCUCUGCAACGGAAAGAAGCAACUGCAAAAUCAGCAGUAGCCUGGACCCCGAUGCCUUGAGUGGGGACACAAAGCGCAUAGUUGCUCCUCCUGCCUCCCUCGUUGCAGCCACCCCUGCAAAUGAGCCAGCAAACCCGUCGCCUAAACAACAGUCCGCAUCGCCGCGGCCACAACAGCAGCUGCCCUCGCAGCAGCAGCCACGGGACGGCCGAGUGGAGGCAAAAGGCCCAAAGCCAGUAGACGUCUCUUCUGUAGAUCCCGAGGUCUUCUUUGGUCUGAGAUGUCCAUAUGUUCAGCAACGCCUGAGAGAAGUGACUCCACAGGUGUUGGCGGCUCGUGCGCUGCAGCAGCUGCAGCAGCGAGCAUUAGCAAGGCAGCGGAAAAAGAGCUGCACUAGUACUGCUUGGGCCGAUGGCAACGCUGUUGCUGCGAAGAGAGCGGGCGCCUUCUGUGUGCCGCGAGAUCUCCAGUCGUCGGCAGUGCCUGACGCUGUAGAGGGCGAGGAGCUCUUUACUCGCGUGCAUUGCAGAGCCAAGGCGGAUGCCGCUGACGCCGCAGCUGCCCUUGCAGCGAUGGGCCCCGGCUCGUCCCGGCAAUCUUCAGGCCGCCUACGCGCGCAGGGGAAAAGGGGAUUCGAGGCGCUGUCCCCAGCUGCCCUCUACAGGCUUCUGCAGAGUGGGGACCAGGAGGAGCGCUUGGCAGUAAUGCCUUCUCGAAUUCACGGCCUCGGUCUCUUUGCUCUAGUGCCAAUAGCUCACGGCGAGCCCGUGGUGGAAUACGUGGGAUCCGUCAUUCGGAAUGUGUUGAGUGACAAGCUUGAGGUGCUGUACGAGCUGCAGCGAGGUGGCGACGGCUCUUGUUACAUGUUCAGGCUAGACGACGCAUUUGUGGUGGACGCCACCCGCCGCGGUAGUGCUUCUCGGUUUAUAAAUCACUCUUGCGCGCCCAACUGCACUUGUCGCAUCGUCGUCUGCGACUCUGGCCACAAACACAUCCUCAUCAUAGCCAAGGAGGACGUCCCCGCAGGAGCAGAAAUCACCUACGACUAUCAGUUCGGCAUUGAGGCUGAAGGAGACAAACUUGUCUGUCUCUGUGGGGCCCCUGGAUGUCUAGGCAGGAUGAACUAA